CUUCUAGUACAUCUUUUUAUCUAAUCUAUCUUUCUCUCUGGUUCGCGUUUCCGCUCCACGUUCUUACGUCCCGUCCCGUCCCGUCCGUCUGUCUGGUAUUCAUCGUCCUCGUUUUCUGGGAACACGCUUGCUUCGUUUGGUACUAUUUGAUCCGCAGGGGGGUACUGCUCGAUUCUCGCCUGGGUUCUUCUCGAUUACAGCUGUGAGAUAGAGAGAUAGCUAGCUAGGCUAGCUUGUUACCUCUGUGGAAAUUUCAAGUUUUUGGGGAGGAAAGAGCAAGACCGGAAAGCAAAGCAAAGCAAAGCAAAGAAAAGCAAAGCAAAGCAAAGCAAAACAAAGCAAAGCAAAGAAGCAGGCAAUCAGACAGGCAAAAUGGCGUCCUCAGAAGCCAUUCCAAAGAAAUACAAAGCCAUCGUAUACGACAAGCCAGGCACUAUCUCGACAAAGAUAGAGGAGCUGGAUAUGCCCGAGCCAGGUCCGGGGGAAGUUUUGAUCAAUCUAACCCACUCCGGCGUCUGCCACUCCGACAUGGGCGUCAUGAUGAACAGCUGGGCGAUGCUGCCCUUCCCCACGCAGCCCGGCCAAGUCGGCGGCCACGAGGGCGUCGGCAAGAUCGUGAAGAUGGGGCCGGGCACGCAGCAGGCGGGCGUCAAAGAGGGGCAGCGCGUGGGAAUUAAGUGGAUGGCGGGGAUUUGUGAGGCGUGCGAGGCGUGUCGCGCGGGGCAUGAUGCUAUGUGCUUUAGUGGGAAAAUUUCGGGCUACUACACCCCCGGCACUUUCCAGCAAUACGUCCUCUCGCCCGCAAACUACGUAACCCCCAUCCCGGAUGGCCUCGACUCUGCCUCCGCAGCACCUAUGCUCUGCGCUGGCGUAACCGUAUACUCCGCGCUCCGCAAAUCCGCCGCCGAAUCCGGCAACUGGGUCGCCAUCCUCGGCGCCGGCGGCGGCCUCGGGCACCUAGCCGUCCAAUUCUCCGCGCGUGCCAUCGGCCACCGCGUAAUCGGCAUCGACCACUCCUCGAAAAAGGACCUAGUCCUCUCCUCAGGCGCCGAGCACUUCGUCCCCAUCGACGGCACCGACAGCGUCGCCGACGCGGUGAAAGCGCUGACCGGCGGGCUGGGCGCGCACGCCGUGCUCGUGCUCACGGCCAACAACGCCGCGUACGCGUCGUGCGUCGAGCUGCUGCGCUUCGGCGGGCGCGUGUGCGUUGUGGGCAUCCCCGAGGGCGAGCCGGUGCCGAUUGCGAGCGCGCUGCCGCAGGUGCUGGUUGCGAAGGCGAUUUCUAUCCAUGGGAUUGCGGUGGGGAAUCGGAGGGAGGCGAUUGAGACGCUGGAGUUUGCGGCGAGGGGCAUUGUUAAGACGCAUUAUCGGGUGGAGAAGAUGGAGAAGUUGACGGACGUUUUUCGGGAGAUGUGGGAGGGGAAGUUGAAGGGGAGGGUUGUGUUGGAUUUGGAGUCGUAG